ACUUGCGAUCUUGCUUUGCACCAGUGCACCAAACAAUCUGUUGCCAUGUAUCUACUUGCAGGAUUUGUUGGUUGUCUGCUAUUCCUCACAGUUGAGGCAGAAGUUGGGAAAUGCUCGUAUCUCCCGUUCAAAACUGAAACAAGUCAGUGUAUGUUGUACAAUGUCACCUGCAAGUGUGACACCUAUGAGGCACGCCACUACGAAGCUGCCACAUGGGUGACAACUACAGUGAGGUCAUGGUCCAUGGACUAUGCCUGUUAUGUAGCAUUCAUGCGGCUAUACAAGUACAUCUGUGGUGAAAACGAUCAAGGAAAAUCAAUUGAAAUGACGUCGCCUGUUGUGAUGAAGAUAGGUGAAGAGAAGUGGCUUUGGGAAGAGCAAGACUACCAGAUGAGCUUCUUGCUGCCUAAAGAGCACCAGGCCUAUCCCCCGGAACCUACGGAUCACGACGUGCUCAUAUACAAGUCACCAGCGUUUGACGUGUACGUGAGGAGCUACGGCGGAUGGAUGUUUUCCCUGAGCGACUCGCAUCAAAGUGGUGAACUGAUGUAUGACCUGGAGAUGAGCGGCGCUUCCUUCGAACCCGACUGCCACUUUGGCAUCGCGUACAAUGGCCCCAAGACUUUGUUCAAUAGGCACAACGAGGUGUGGGUGCCCGUUACGGGCAAACCGCACUGUCCCUACAAGUAAAGGACAGGACUGCCGCGUUGACAUCAUCGUGUGACGGAUGAGAAAAAAGUCGCCUCCUCACUUUUUGACACCUAGCAUUAUGUACUGGAUUUGGGAUUAAAUUUCAAUGUCUAAUUUCCAUAUAAUACUAGAUAAACUGACAAGUUUCCAAUUGAUUCUUUAUAUUUUGGCUCAAAUCUAAUGAGA